AUGGUACAAACUUUUGCUGCGUCUCGUUCUUUACCUGAACGCAUUUCAUUCCCCGAUGAAGAAAUAAAAAUUCUAGACCUUUGGGACAAAGCAGACGCUUUUCAACAAUCAUUGAAACUCUCAAAAGAUCGUCCACCUUUUACUUUUUACGAUGGUCCACCUUUUGCCACAGGAUUGCCACAUCAUGGUCAUAUUUUAGCAGGUACUAUCAAGGACACUGUCACACGUUAUGCUCAUCAAACGGGUCAUUAUGUAGAACGUCGAUUUGGGUGGGAUUGUCAUGGGCUUCCCGUAGAAAACGAGAUAAAUAAAAAAUUAGGCGUUACGACAAAGGAACAGGUUUUUGAAAUGGGUAUUGACAAAUACAAUGCUGAAUGUCGCAGUAUUGUACAACGUUAUACAAGUGAAUGGGAACGAGUGGUUCAACGCAUUGGUCGCUGGAUUGAUUGCAAGAACGACUACAAGACGAUGGAGCCCUGGUACAUGGAGUCAGUCUGGAACGUCUUUCGGACAAUUUAUGAAAAGGAUCUUGUCUACCGUGGCUAUAAGAUCCUUCCUUAUUCAACGGCUUGUACUACAUCGCUUUCGAACUUUGAAGCUAAUUUGGACUACCGUGAUACACCCGAUCCGUCGGUGAUUGUCAACUUUCCUCUUGUCGAGGACCCAGAGAUUGCUCUAUUGGCAUGGACGACGACUCCCUGGACACUACCUUCUAACUUGGCACUGUGUGUUAACGAAGCUUUUGACUACGUCAAGAUCAAGGAUCUAAAGACUGACAAGAUCUAUAUUUUGAGUGAAGCUCGUCUGUGCCAAGUCUACCCAAAGAUGACCAAGAAGGGCUACAAGGGAGGUGAGUUUGAGAUAUUGGAAAAGUUCAAGGGAGCGACACUUGUCGGCAAGAAGUAUGUACCGCUCUUUGACUCGUUCAAGGACUGGCCGAAUGCUUUCCGCGUGCUCUCGGACAACUAUGUGUCUGAUUCUGGCGGUACUGGUAUCGUGCACCAAGCUCCAACCUUUGGUGAAGACGAUUACCGCGUCUGCGUACGUGAAGGCGUGGCUGACAAGUUUACAUUGCCGGACCCGCUUGACGAUAACGGUAUCUUUACGGACGCGGUGCCGCUCGUCAAGGGCCUGCACGUGAAAAAGGCGGAUGACGUUAUUUGUCAGGACCUGAAGAACCGCGGCCGUCUCGUGUCCAAGGGUACGGAGGUGCAUAGCUACCCAUUCUGCUACCGUUCAGGCACUCCGUUAAUUUACCGUGCUAUCCCUGGUUGGUUCGUCAACGUGGAACGAAUCCGCGAUCGCAUUGUAGCCAACAACAAGCUCACGCACUGGGUGCCGAGCUUUGUGCAGGAGAAACGCUUCCACAACUGGCUCGUGGACGGUAAAGACUGGAAUGUUUCGCGCGGCCGCUUCUGGGGCACACCGCUGCCGUUAUGGGUGAGCGACGACUACGAAGAGGUGGUGUGUGUGGGAUCGAUUGCCGAGCUUGAGGAGUUGACGGGUGAGAAAGUGACGGACUUGCACCGCGAAUUCAUUGACCACCUGACGAUUCCGUCGAAACAGGGUAAGGGUGUGCUUCGCCGUGUGCCCGAGGUUUUUGACUGCUGGUUUGAAAGUGGCUCCAUGCCUUACGCGCAGCAGCAUUACCCAUUCGAGAACAAGGAGAAAUUUGAGGCCACCUUCCCGGCUGAUUUCGUGGCUGAGGGUCUCGACCAGACUCGUGGUUGGUUCUACACCCUCAUGGUGCUGUCGACGGCACUGUUCGACAAGCCGGCCUUCAAAAACCUGAUUGUCAACGGUCUUGUGCUGGCUGAAGAUGGCCGCAAGAUGAGUAAGAGUCUCAAGAACUUUACGGACCCCGAUGAGAUCCUGCAGAAGUACGGUGCUGAUGCCCUUCGUCUUUACCUAAUCAACUCGCCUGUGGUGCGUGCCGAACCUCUGAAGUUCCAGGCCUCGGGUGUGCUUGGUGUUGUUCGCGAGAUCUUCCUGCCGUGGUUUAACUCGGCUCGAUUCUUUGCACAACAGGCUACUCGUCUGCAGCUGGAAACGGGUGUUGCAUUUGUGCCCGACCGUGCAGCGGCUCUAGCUUCAACGAACGUGAUGGACGCGUGGAUCAUUGCUGCCCUGCACAACCUCAUCAAGUUUGUGCAUGAAGAGAUGAAGGCUUACCGUCUGUACACGGUGGUGCCGCGUCUGGUGAGCUUUAUCGGCCAGCUUACAAACUGGUACGUGCGUCUUAAUCGCCUUCGCCUUAAAGGCAGUGCCAGCAGCGCUGAAGCCGCCGUGGCCCUCUCAGCGCUGUACGAGGUGGAGUACAACCUUGCCAAGCUUAUGGCUCCCUUCACGCCGUUCUUUACGGAGUACAUGUACCAGUUCUUGCGUCAGUUCCACCCGAACGUUGUGAAUGGUGCUGGUAAGGACCUAGCUGAGGACGCCGAUGGCGUGUCUCCCAGUGUACACUUUCUCAUGCUGCCAGACUUUGAUGCCAGCCGCGUGGAUGAGGAGGUGGAGAAGCUCAUGCAGAACCUGCAAAGCGUUGUCGAAAUGGGUCGUGUUGUGCGCGAGCGCCGUGCGAUUUCACUGAAAAAUCCGGUGAAGAAGGUCAUCGUGGUGUCGAGCAACCAGAAGGUGCUGAACGGUCUUCGUCGUCUGGAAACGUACCUGCACGAUGAGCUAAACAUGCGUGACCUUGAGUUCUCGACAGACGAGAAGGAGUGGUGCGUGCUGAAGGCCGAAGCCAAUAGUCGUGCACUUGGUCGUCGUCUAGGCAAGGCUCUCUCGAGUGUGAAGAAGCAGAUUGCGCAGAUGACACACGACGAUGUCGCUGCUUACGUCUUGAACGAAAGCGUGACCAUUGAUGGUCACGAUCUGACUGGUGACGAUUUGCUAGUAAAGCGUGAGUUCAAGGGUGACACGAAGAUCUUCGAGGCCGAUGUGUCGCCCGAGGGCAACCUCAUGGUGAUCAUUGAUACACGUGAGGACGAGCAGCUGAAGAUGCAGGGAUGCGCACGUGAGGUGAUCACCCGUGUACAGAAGCUGCGUAAGAAGGCUGGUCUGGUGGUACAGGACAAGAUUCACGUGUACUUUGAGGAGAAGGGCGGUGAGAAUGGCCCAAUCUCGACGGCCAUCCGUUCAUUUCUGCCCAUGAUCGCCUCUACUUUGGGUACGACUCCUGCUCCACUGUCGCUGCAGCCUGCGCACAGCGUACCGAUUGUGUCGGAGGAAGCUCAGUUUGCAGACUCGAGCAUAAAGGUCGUCGUCGCUCGACCUGCUGUGCUCUUUGCUCCCACCGAAGUGCUCGCUAAGCACGAAGCGACUGUGCCGGUGGACCAGUUGACAGCUUACGUGGCUUCGAUGAAGUACGAAGACGUAAAGGCUGCAUUGGAAUCAGCUGACGCUUCGGUCACUGUGCGCAAUGCUACUGCACAAGUGGCACUGAGAGCCAAUAUUGAAGUGUUUCUGGACGCAAAGGCAUUGGCAAAGACGCUGGACAAACAGGAGCUUUCGUGGUUGGCUGUGGACAAGUAA